AGGUCACACUGUUUUUUUUGUUUCUUGGUUCUGCGUUUUUUCUGUUUGCGGCGACGGCGGCGCUUUUGAAGUGUGAUUUUCAAGUGCUGGCAAUUGUUUACAUUACGCGCAGCCAUCUUGUGCAGCCCAAGCGAACGCCGGACAGUGAACCAGUGCGCUCCACACCCUCGAGCAGCCAAGAUGUCGGGCACCAUACUGGAGAAUUUGAGCGGCCGGAAGCUGUCCAUAUUGGUGGCCAGUUUGCUGGUGUGCCAGGUGCUGUGCUUCCUGCUGGGCGGUCUGUAUGCCCCCCUGCCCGCCGGCCAUGUCACCGUGCUGGGAUCGCUGUGCCGCGAGGACCACGGCCGCCAGAAUGACACCGGAUUCCUGCUGUAUUCCCGGGGGGCAGGUGCCUGCAUCCCGGUGACGCCGGACGAGGUGGAGCGAGACUCCAUGAAGAUGGCUAACGAGCUGGUGCACGUCUUCCAGAUGCCGCUGCCCCGGGACCUGCGCGACCUGGACUACUCCCGCUGGCAGCAGAACCUCAUCGGAGUGCUGCAGGUGGAGUUCGGCUACGAUUCCUCCUCGGAGCUGAGGGAACCGGUCCGGGAACUGCAGCUGACCAUCGACAUGCGGCUGGCCUACCGGAACAAGGGCGAUCCGGACAACGGGUGGAAGCUGUAUGCCCAUGGCGUGGAGCAUCGCUACCUGGACUGCUUGACUUCGCAUGUGGGACCCGCGGAGACGAUCUACUCCUGCGACAUGAUACCCCUGUUCGAGCUGGGCGCCCUGCACCACAGCUUCUACCUGCUGAAUCUGCGCUUCCCGCUGGACACGCCACGCCAGACGAACCUGCAGUUCGGCCACAUGCACGACCUCACACUGACCGCAAUCCAUCAAAACGGAGGAUUCACCCAGAUCUGGCUGCUGCUCAAGACGGUGCUGUUUCCCUUUGUGGUGGGCAUCAUGAUCUGGUUCUGGCGCCGGGUGCACCUGCUGCAACGAUCGCCUGCCCUGCUGGAGUACAUGCUGAUCUAUCUGGGCGCCGCUCUGACCUUCCUCAACCUGCCGCUGGAGUACUUGUCGCUGGUCUACGAGAUGCCCUACAUGCUCCUGCUGAGUGACAUCCGCCAGGGCAUCUUCUACGCCAUGCUGCUCUCCUUUUGGCUGGUCUUUGCCGGCGAGCACAUGCUCAUCCAGGAUUCCCCGAACAAGUCAACCAUCCGGUCGCGCUACUGGAAACAUCUCUCCGCCGUCGUGGUCGGCUGCAUCUCGCUGUUCGUCUUCGACAUUUGCGAAAGGGGUGUGCAGCUGCGCAAUCCGUUCUACUCCAUCUGGACCACUCCGCUGGGCGUAAAGGUGGCCAUGACCUUCAUCGUGCUGGCCGGCGUUUCGGCGGCCAUCUACUUCCUCUUCCUAUGCUACAUGAUCUGGAAGGUGUUCAGGAACAUUGGCGACAAGCGCACAUCUCUGCCAUCCAUGUCCCAGGCACGUCGACUUCACUACGAAGUUUACUUAGAUCAGCCGAAGGCACACUUGAUAAAAACAUCACAUAAUUGGUGGGAAGCUUUUGCCAGACUUUACGAUUUUGUUUUAGAGAGAUUUAUUUCAAUAUUUGAUGAAAUUAUCGAAAGUGAAGGCCUGAUUUACCGCUUCAAAUUCUUGAUGCUGGCCACCCUUGUUUGUGCUGCUCUGACUGUGGCCGGAUUCGUCAUGGGCCAAAUGGCCGAGGGUCAAUGGGAUUGGAACGAAAACGUACAGAUUCAGCCAACCUCCGCCUUUCUGACCGGCGUGUACGGCAUGUGGAACAUCUACAUCUUCGCCCUGCUCAUCCUGUACGCCCCCAGCCACAAGCAAUGGCCCACCAUGCACCACAGUGACGAGACCACGCAGUCCAACGAGAAUAUCGUGGCCUCGGCCGCCAGCGAGGAGAUUGAGUUUAGCCACCUGCCAUCCGACUCCAAUCCCAGCGAGAUCUCCUCUCUCACUUCGUUCACCCGGAAGGUGGCUUUUGAUUAGGCGAUGACACUCGGAAUAACGAUUUCAAUUAGGUUGUGUGCCAAUCACGUGCGAUCACGAUUUGGCCUGCAGCCGGAACGCUCCAAAUGUGAGCUCAUUUUAUUACCAUAGUCAGUAGCGUUUCUUGCCUAGUUUUGCAUUAUGUGCAUUCGUCAACGCGAUCAGCAUUAUUACUUACAAUUAACGUAUAGAUUGUCUAGUUUCUUUUAGCAUGCUCAAAGUGUACGAUUUUACUAACUAUAUUUUGUAUGUAUGCCUCGGCAGUAUUAUCUAUUGAAGUCCAUUUUUUUAGCUCGUAAGUUUUAACAUAUUUAUCGAAAAACAUUUUAUACACAUACACAUUUUAGUGUGAUCCGAUUUUAUUUGACAAAAGACUUUGUCUUGCCAACUUCCAUGUCCAAUAUCAGAAAGGCCAAAUUGUCCAGAGAACACAUUUAACUCAAACAUUUUUAAAUUUACUAUACAUUGAGCCCACUCUGGCCAGAAUUUUUCAACUAAAACGUAGAGCAAUUUCUUACUCAAGUAGCAAUGCAUCAAAUAAAAAGCAAUAUUGAAAA